AUGGCUACAGCUGAAAAAAAUUAUCAGAGUGAGAAGAGAGAAUUGGACAUGGACCUUCCUGCUGCACAGACUCAACACUUUUCAGCUGAAGAUGAAAUGGUUCAUUCUGCAAUCUCAAUUUCAUCUACUCCGAUGCAUGAUAAAACAGCAGCUGGUGACUCUACCUUGAGGUCUAUGAUAGAAGAGAAUGCUUUUCAAGCUUUGAAUGAUGGACCCUGGGCAAAAAGACCACGGCUUGCUCUUUGUGAUGAUGGUUCUCUUGAAGACAAUGAUUUUCUAUCCCUCACCUUCCCAAAAAAACUCUGGAAAAUUGUUGAAAGUGAUCAGUUCAAAUCAUUGUGGUGGGAUGAUGAUGGGAAUUGUGUGGUGAUUGACGAAGAACUUUUUAAAAAGGAGGUCCUGGAAAGGAAAGGACCACUGCGCAUUUUUGAAACUGACUGUAUGAAAAGCUUCAUUCGUCAGCUCAAUCUCUAUGGCUUUAGCAAGAUGAGGCAAAAUUUUCAAAGAUCUGCUUCCCUUGUCGAAUUUUUAGCAGAAGAAAAAGCUGCUUACGCAUUUAGCAAGUUACAGUUCUACCAUAACCCAAAUUUUAAGAGAGGUUGCCCUCACCUUCUUGCAAGGUGUAAGAGAAGAGUUGGGAUCAAAAAUACACCACCCGUUGCUUUCUCUUUAGACGAGGACUUCAGUGAAACCUGCCUGAAGAGCAGGUCGAGAAGCCCAGAAGAUCUGGGACUUGCUUCUAGGGAGAAUAACUUCCUUGCAGCUUCCCCAAAGGACAAAAUGCACAAAUCUGGACUCCGAAAGCCUACUGUGACUAAGGGCCUUGCUGGAGCAGCAGCCCGGCUGAGAAGUGGAUAUGCUGCUUCCCCUCCAACCUCUUUGAGGUCCUCUGAGCAAGCGGCACCUGAGGACAAUGACAACAAAAUAAACCAGCUUGCUCCUUUCCAUCUGCCCCAGCACACCAACCAUGCCCGAGUCAACACACAUGAGAUAGACUCUACCACCACCACAUCCGCUACCUCUUUGUAUCAUGUCAUACCUCCUGUGCCCAACAACCCCUUUGCACCAGUGAUGGGGUUGCCAGCCUUCCCAGCCAUGUACCCAGACUUAUCAGCCAUGCAGGCUCAUUGGGCCAGUUUACUCCCGUUUUGUAAUCCGUGGUUCUCUAUGCCUAUGAUAGCAGCAGCUUCUGCCAUUUCCAUGUCAAGAUCUUCCCAUCAUCAUCGAACUCCUUCAUACCACCAUUGCCCUAAUUGCAACUGUACUUCAAACACAACAUCUGCUUCCAAAGGAGUUGGACCCAAAGCAACAGACUACACUGGUUACCAUCGAUGA